UUCAUGUUUAAGUUUUUUUUUGUUUGUUGCGGUUACACCCGAUUCAAGAGCCGAAUGGCUCACAGGGCUAUACCUAAUAAAUAAAACUUGAAAACAUGCAUACAGCAGCAGUAGCAGUGGUACUCGGCGUGCGCCAAAGUUCCCGCCUGAACCUGAGUCAUCCCCUACACCUGCGGUUGAACCCGGUGGAUGUAUCCGGCGAGGGGUGAGCGAGCACCCCCCAGGCGCAGCCGGGGGGUGGAGGGGAUGCGGCGACCCCAACCUGAGUCAGGGGAACGGAGGAAGAGUGGGGGGAGGGGAGGAGCCAUGCGGGGAGCGAAGUGACAGAGGUAACGCUCACACACACGCGCGCACCGCACCACUCCCAAAGCCUCCAUCUCCAGCCGCCUCCACGCUUGCCUUGCCGACAAACAUCGCCAACAUCCCGUCGGAGCCUCCACGCAGCUCCCGAAGCGUCUCCAUCUCGCGGCGCGCUCGUGGUGCCAUCGCGCCCGGAGGCUUCCCGUGACCGCGUCCGAGAGACGGUGUCUGCACGUGUCCAUCGAGGGCGCACGGCCGAGUCUCCGUGAUUCUCACGCAGGGCUGGUCAACGCCUCGCCCCGAGUAGCGUGUUGAGACUUCCUCCCCCCCCAGUCACCUCUUGAGGAGUGUCCCCACGUUCUCGUUCUCUGUCUGCCUCUCGACACUCGCCAGCACUCUCCUCCAUCCUCCGCUGGCAGCGCGAGAGGGAUUACCACUCGCGCCGCUCACGUCUGCUGGGCACGGGGGCCAUCGAGACGUUCCGUUCCCUGUCCGUCUCGCCUGAGGUGGGGGGAGGAAACCACGGGGGGACGAGAGGCGGAGUGGAACUUUGAGCCGACGACGUUCGCUCGAGGCCCGCAACAGGGACAGAGAGAGAGGGGGCAUGGAGGCAGCGUGGCUCUUGGUGUUCCUGGCUGCCUUUGGCCUGAGUCACGGGCAGACCCAAGGGAUAAACCAAUGUCUCUCAAACAACCCCCUCACCUGCAGGGAAUGCCUCAAGAUCGGGCCCAAGUGCUCCUACUGCUUCGAAGAGGGUUUCACGGAGAAGCGCUGCGACCUGCUGGAGAACCUUCAGGCCAAGCGAUGCGGCCAGAUCACCAUGGUGCGCACGUCCUCCGAAGUGAUGAAGAGUUUGUCCACUUCGGACAUGAUGAGCUCACGCUACGCCCAAGUGUCUCCACAGUCCAUGAACAUCAAGAUGAGACCAGGGGACUCGCUCAAGUUUGACAUGCAGGUAAUUGAGCCCCUCAAGACGCCUGUCGACCUCUACUUCCUCAUGGACGACUCCAACUCCAUGAACGACGACUUGGACAACCUCAAGAAGCUGGGCAAACAGCUGGCUGGCGUCGUGCAGGAGCUCUCCGAGGAUUUCCACAUUGGCUUCGGCAAGUUCGUCGACAAGGUGGUGGCGCCGCAGACGGACAUGCGGCCGGAAAAGCUGAAGCAGCCGUGGGAGGACAGCGACCCCCCCUUCUCCUUCAAGAACGUCAUCCCGCUCACGUCCGACGUGCAGCACUUCCAGGACAAGCUGCAGGGCGAGCGGAUCUCGGGCAACCGCGACGCUCCCGAGGGCGGCUUCGAUGCCAUGCUGCAAGUGGCCGUGUGCACGAAGGAGAUCGGCUGGCGCAACCGCACCACCCACCUGCUGGUGUUCUCCACGGAGUCGGCCUUCCACUACGAGGCCGACGGAGCCAACGUCCUCGCGGGGAUCCUCAAGCGCAACGACGAGCAGUGCCACCUGACCCCCGACGGCGACUACACGGAGGGCGAGACGCAGGACUACCCCUCCGUGCCCACGCUCGUGCGCCUGCUGGGCAAGAACAACAUCAUCCCCAUCUUUGCCGUCACGCAGCACGCCAUCGAGUGGUACACGAGUCUGGCGAAGUUCUUCCCGGACUCGACGUACGGAGAGCUCCAGGAGGACUCCUCCAACAUCAUCCAGCUGCUGCAGUCCUCCUUCAAGGCUCUGCGCUCCAAGCUGCAGCUGCAGGCCGAGGGGCUCCCGCGCUACCUCAAGGCCGAGUUCCUGCAGGUGGCGGCCGACGGCACGGAGAAGGACGCCAGCGUGGUGACCGCGACGCCGGGCCAGAUCGUGAACUACCGCGUGAAGCUGACGGCGGACGAGCGUUAUAACGAGCGGUCGCUGUGCGACAUGACACCCAGGGAGCGCAGCAACAUCAACUUCACGCUGAAGCCGGCGCGCUUCUACGACGGCCUCAACAUCAACGCGGAGAUCCUGUGCGACUGCCCGUGCGAGGCCACGCCGGUGUCGAACCCCAUGUGCAGUGGGAACGGACGCUUGACCUGCGGCCACUGCUACUGCAACGAUGGCUGGCUGGGCUCCAACUGCAACUGCAGCAAGCUGGGGACGUCGCAGUUGGUGAACGCGGCGUCGUGCACGCGGCCCGGCGACUCGGAGCCCUGCUCGAAGCGCGGCGACUGCGUGUGCGGCAGCUGCUUCUGUUGGCCGCGGCCCAACCCGCUGGAGAAGUACUACGGGCAGUACUGCGAGUGCGACAACUUCCAGUGCCCGCGCGCCAACGGCAUCAUCUGCAACGGUCGCGGCGACUGCAGCUGCGGGAAGUGUGAGUGCAGCGCCGGCUGGACAGGGGAGGCGUGUCAGUGUCCCCUGGGUGUGGAAACAUGCCGCGAUGGCCGUGGGGGAAUCUGUAACGGCCGCGGGACGUGUCACUGCGGCGUGUGCGAGUGUGACAAGCAGCAGUUCAGUGGCUCUACCUGCGAGGUCUGCCUGAAGUGCCUGGGCCUGUGCGAGGACACGCGCUCGUGCGUGCAGUGCCAGGCGUGGGGCACCGGCGAGAAGAAGGGCGACGAGUGCGGACGAUGCUCCCCGCAAACCGUCAUGGUCGACGAGCUCAAGGGAGCCAACUCGGUGCUCGAGGUUUGCAAGUUCAAGGACGAGGAGGACGGCUGCGUGUACCACUACACGGUGGAGAACUCCCCGGACGACCGCAGCGAGUACAGGAUCGAGACGCUCAAGAAGAAGGAGUGCCCGGCGGCUGGCUUCCUGUGGCUCAUCCCCCUCAUCAUGUUCCUCAUCCCGCUGCUCGGCCUGCUCGCCUUCCUGUGCUGGAAGUGCUGCGUCGGCGGCUUCGCCUGCUGCAAGGGAUACCAAAAGGUUCCGAUUGGAGCCUGGACUAAAGGUCGCACGGUGGGCUGGACGGAGGACCAGUACCUGUUCCACCAGAACGCGCUGACGGCCGACUACGUGGACACGCCACUGGCCCGCGCCGGGCCCCUGGGCGGCCCCGACAUCGUCAAGUGGAAGGUGACGGACAACGUCCACAAGCCGGCGGCCACCAUCCCGCCUCCCAGCAUGCAGGAGACAGUGUACCAUGGCAUCACCCUUCGCCUGGCGCGGCUCAUGAAUGAUAACCUGGCGCAGCCGGGAACUCCGGAGAACAAGACCCUCAUCAAGGAGGUGGAGCAAAAUCUGAACACGGUGUACGGCAACGUCAUCGGAACGCAAACCGUCCGCAACACGGUGCUGAGAUUGCAGCCGAAUGCUGGCAAAAGGGACAGGAACGUGGUGGUGGACACGGUGCUCCCGGCGCCGCGCUCGGCCCUCCGGGAGAUCAUGGAGACCACGGAGAAGCAGGUGAACCUGGGCGCCUUCAGCAAGGUGCCCGUCGUGCCGGGCUUCUACACCGUGGCCACCGACCGCGACGCCCACGGCGAGGUGGAGUACCAGGAGGGCGUGGACGCGCAGGACGUGCGCGUGCCGCUCUUCGUCAAGGAGGAGGACGACAUGGAGAAGAAGCUGCUGGUGGAGGCCACGAGCGUCCCCGAGGGGCUGGCGCGCAUCACGCGCCGCAACGUGCACAUCACCAUCAUCAAGGACAUGGCCAAGAGUAUCGUGAGCUUCGUGCAGCCGGCGUACACCAUCCGAAAUGCCGUCUCCAAGGUGGUGGUGCCUGUGGACCGCAACAUCCUGGAGGAGAGCCCCGCCCAGAUCAAGUACCAGACCCACGACCUCUCAGCCAUCGCCCGGCAGGACUACGAGCCCACGGAGGGAGUCCUCAAGUUCACUCCGACGGAGAAGGACAAGGAGAUCUCCAUUCCGAUCCUGCCGGCACGCAGCUCCCCGUCCCAGCUCUACGCCCAGCCGCGCCAGUUCGAGGUGGAGCUCUUCGACCCCAAGCUGGGCGCCCGCAUCGGCCGCUACAAGCGCUCCAUCAUCACGCUCCUGGAUGACCGCGACCCCGGCCUGCUGGAGUUCUCCAAGACCUCGCAGGUGCACAAGCAGGGCCAGGCAGAGAUCCACGUGCCGGUGGUGCGCACGCGCGGCCACGACGGCGACGUGCGCGUCAAGUGGAAGACGCUGCCCUCGCUGCCGUCGCGCCCCUCCGCCUACCAGAACAUGUCGGGCGAGCUGGCGAUGCCCGACGGCGAGAUCCAAAAGAGCAUCACCAUCCCGUACCGCCAGCCCGUCGACCCGACGCGCGACGACAACUUCCAGGUGGUGAUGUACGAGCCGUCGGGCGGCGUGGCGCUGGGCCAGCGCAAGGAGACCGUGGUCACCGUCAGCGCGCACGGACAAGAAGUCAUCGUGCCGGACAGCAUGCAGAAGUCGCACAUGGACAUGUCCGGCCCGGGGGACGUGGAGGCCGAGGCUCUGAAUGGGAAAACGAUCCGUAUCAACUGGACGCCACCGCCCGGAGCCACCGUUAACGGAUACAAGGUUCGCUACUGGAUCGACGGGGAGGACGAGGGCGACGGGCAGCUAGUAGAGACCAAGACGACGGAGGUGCAGCUCACGAGCCUCUACGCGUACUGCGACUACCUGAUGUGCGUCUACGCCAUCACCCCACGCGGCCUGGGGCCCGCGUCGGAAGUGGUGACCUGCCGCACGCUUGAGGAAGUUCCGGGUGAGCCGGGCCGCCUGGCCUUCACCAUCGUGUCGGCCACCACGCUGCAGCUGAGCUGGGGGGAGCCGCCCGAGACCAACGGCCUCAUCACGGGCUACGAGGCGUCGUACACGCCCAUCAGCGAGGACGGACGCUCCAUCGGGCAGACCAAGCGCGUGGAGGUGCAGGGCAACAAGCGGCGCGUGAUGCUCAUCGAGAACCUGCGGCCCAUGGUGCCGUACCGCUACCUGGUGCGGGCGCGCAACAGCGCCGGCUGGGGGCCGCCACGCGAAUCCACCUUGAACAUCGCCAACCAGUCCACGCGGCCCCUCUCCAUCCCCAUCAUCCCGGACGUGCCCAUCGUGGACGCCCAGGGCCCCGACGACUACGCGGGCUUCUACAUGUACGGCGCCAUGGAGGGCGGCGGCAAGGCGCUGCCCAGCACCUCCGACGACUCCUACAGCUACCAUACGCUGCCCUCGAAGCAGGGCCAGACAGGCGGCAGUUCGAUGACCACGAGCACGACGAUCCACCAGAGCCACCACCACCAGACCAUGCUGGGCACGCUGGAGCUGCCGGGCAUGUCGGGCGGCUCGCAGCACAUGCACACGCUCACGCGGAGCACGCACGGUGGCUCCUCAACGCUCGGCGACGCCUACGGCUGGGAUUUCACGACCGGCACUUGGAGCCAGCGCGGAGCCUCAAGCUACGACGAGCUGGACGCGCGGGAGCUAGGGAGCGUCGUCAUGGAGACUUCAGCUAGCCAAGUGUCCACUGUGCUGCACGAGUCAGCGGUGUCCUACCACAGCCUGCAGCAGACGAGCCACGGGGCGGGCGUGUCGAUGACCGGCUCGCGCAACCGCACGCAGUCGGAGGAGGCGCAGGAGGUGCUGCACCAGCUGGACUUAGCCCUGCAGCCCUCUCCCCGCAGCCCCGCCAUUCUGGGCACGCCCGGAAUCCCCGAGGCUCCCGGCCGCCUCGUCUUCUCGGCCACGGGCCCCACGUCCCUCCGCGUCAACUGGCAGAAGCCGCAGAGCGACACCCAAGUGAUGGGCUACCGCGUGACCUACCAGUCCCUCUCGGGAGGCUCCCCGCGGAAUGUGGAGAUCGCCGAUCCCAACCAGGUGACCGUCACGGUGGACCAGCUGCUGCCCAACGAGGCGUACCUCUUCAAGGUGAUGGCGUGCAGCGACAAGGGUUGGGGCCAGGAGCGCGAGGGCGUCAUCACCAUCGAGUCGCAGGUCAACCCGGCGAGCCCGCACAUCCCCAUUCCAGGCUCACCAUUCACGCUGAGCACGCCCAACGCGCCGGGCCCGCUGGUGUUCACGGCGCUCACCCCGUCCUCGCUGCAGCUCAAGUGGGAGAAGCCGAUGAAGCCCCAGGGGCCCAUCCAGGGCUACGUGGUGUCCUGCGAGCCCGUCCACCCCAUCGCGGGCAGCGUGGGCGAGCCACGCAUCUUCACCAUCGACGACCAGGAUGAGACGAGCCUGGUGGUGAAUGACCUCCUGGAGAACGUGCCCUACAAGUUCAAAGUGAAGACCAAGACGAGCCAGGGCUACGGGCCCGAGAGAGAGGGCAUCAUCACCAUCGAGUCUCAGAACGGUUUCCAGCAGGACUUCUCCGGCGGGAUGGACGUGAUGAUGCACCCGGCUUCCUCCCAGCAGUUUGUCUCCCAGUCCAGCAGCAUGCAGAGCGAGGUGUUCGACUUCCCUGGGGACAUGAUGCAAGGAAUCAUGGGUGUAACGCAGAUGGUGGGUCAGACAGGCAUCAUCACCAAGAAGGUCACCACCGUCACCAAGACAACCAAAAUGGACUCGGGCACCGUGUCCAAGCAGGGGGAAAUGAGGUUCUAGGGGGCGAACACUGACGACCCCUGAACUCCCGACGCACGCACGCACGCACACUCGCACGCACAUCCCUUCCUCAUUCAUGCACGCCAGCACUGGUUGGAAUGAGCUUGCAUCUACAAAAAUUGAAUAGCAGCGUCGGCCCGUGUGUAUCUUUGCGACUCCGUGUUGGUGUUUGAUAUUUUUCAGAUGUCACAAAGCCAAGUCCUCUUGUUUCCAGUGCGCGGUAAUUGUUGAUAAUGACGCGAAUGCAGUACAGCGGUGGUUAUUGUUUCAUGCAUGCGGGUUUUCGACCCAUACAAGCUCUUAUAUUUUCUUUAAUAUUUGCUUGUUCUUUUCCGUUUUUUGUUGGGGUUUUUACGUUAUUUUAUCGCGUUUUUUAAGAAAGUAAAUAUAACAUUUAUGGAAUUUUAUCGAACAAAUAAUCGAGUCUUACUAACGAUGCCUUGUUAUCCAUAGACGUUACAAAAUGCAAGUUCUACAGUAGCUGUCUGGGGGCUUACACUAGAGGUUUGCUUGGCUGUGCUUCUCGUAGGCUUGUGUGCACUUUACGUGAGCGGUGGUCGUCGUGGGCUGACAGGGCCGCUGUGUGUGACAGCAGCGUGCACAUGAGAGGCGGACGCAGGACAGGGCCCGACAGGGCACGCGGUUAAUUCCACAGCAUUUUCAUUGCUGCUUCAAAAAAGCCCUCCGCUACGAUCCGUGGCGAAUUAUUCGUGAGAACAAGACGACAUUUCAUAGGUUCGCAUGCUGCGUCUUGCCUGUGAGACCUAAUUGAAUAUUUUACAAACCUUUAGUGCCUUUGUGAAGAACGCUCACUAUGAAAUGGCUUUGUAGUUCACCACGUUUUGACUUUUUAAGGUAAUUCUAGUGCCAAACGAACAUUGUGGAAGAUGCAUAGCACUCAUAAUAAGGUCCAGAAAUCAAUAAUACAUUUCUAUAUAUAUAAUAUUCUUGGAACAAUAUGUGUUACUUCAAGAGCUUAAGAAGCGUACAUAAUGGUACGAAAGCUUCAUACUCUUACUACUUGUACAAUUUACAAAGAAAUACUGACACCUCAUUGGGCCACUAUUUCCGAAUGGGGCUUGGUGUGUCUCAUGGCUGUCCUUGAGAAAUCAACACUGUGAACGGCAUGGGUAGAUGUCACGAGCCUGGUAACUCACGCAGGAGAGAGACCUGGUCAAGUUGUUUACAAACUACAUUUGUAACCGCGCGAGUUUGUUGAACAACUUGAGCGCGUGCCUCAAACAUGGAACCCGGCCAUUUUACCCCCUGUAAUUGGACGGUUACAAAAUGCCCCAUUGGCAUCGACAUGAUAACGGCUGGAUUUGUAAGUUAAUAGCAUUUAACAGCAAGACAAUAACACAAACCUCUGCCAUUCAUCGUGUACUGCACUCUUGAACCAAAAGAUCUUGCCUCAGAUAUUUUUGUGCGGUGUUGGGAUACUCGCCCACGUAGACCGUGUCGAAAGGCUGUUUUUAUGAGGAAUUAUCACAAUGUCACACACGCCCUGUGCCAGUCCUUACUCUUGUUUAUCCCUUAUUCUACAGAGCAUCACAUUCCUCAUUUGUGAACACGAUGUGUGGUCGUGGCCACGAAUUCCUGCAGACUGUAGAGUAUUUUCUUCCCUCUUGCAAUAGUCAUAUGGCAUUCACCAUCUCACCGAUCUCAGCACCGUCAAUGUUAGGCCCCUCCGUGAAGCUCUUUGCUUUACAUUCUUUAAUAAAUGAUUGGGAAUAAUUCAUGAUGAUGAUGAUGAUAAACCUUGCCUUGGAGUAACAGUUUGGCAGGAUGCAUAGAUUCCAUUCACCUCAACACAAGGACACAAAAGCCCUGAUUUCCAGAAGUGGUCGUUUAUUGAUGUAAAACUGUUAAGGAACUGUACAAAUUUAGCAACAAAAACAACCCCAUCAGCAAUUUGUUCACUUUCGCCUGAUAAUAAUGACAUGGACCUUUUCUGUGUCGGGUAUAAUUAAGCCGAUGGCUUUUAACUCAGAUAUAAGCAACACAAAAUAGCACGAGUUCGUGUUGCUGCUUCGCUUUCAAGUAGCAGUUAGGGUUUCAUUACAAGACACCCGCUGGAACAUGACGUGGCCUGCACGGAUGUUCCGUAGUUGAGGCGUGUGGAUUAUAUAUAUUUUUCUUUAUUGUGAAACAAGACGAGCUGUUGAGGCUACAGUUGCCACCCACCCAUGCUUGGCAAUGACAGAGCACGUUUCGGAUGGAUCGCCCUCAGCACCCUCUUGGCUCCCAAACAACUUUGUGUGAUUUCUCUAAGCGCCAAUGUUCCAUUUCUUUAAGCGCCAAUGUUCGAUAUACGACUGAAGCACGCCACUGUUGUACGCGAUCUCUGUCCAUAUUGUGUUAAAUUAUGAGGGUGGCGACGGUAGCUUGGGCCUAAACGAGGACACGCUUUGAAUCCUGUAUCUCGGUCACAAGAUGAGUGCCUUGACCAAUGAGUGCUGUGAACUUUUCGUUCAAGUGCUGUGGGCUAUUAUCUGCGUUUUCACAUCAAGGGCAAGGAAAUCCAAAGUGUAAUGGAAAUAAAGUACACAGCAAGUAUUAUGUGUGUUAUUGGCACCAAGUGCUGAUAGCGCAUAGUAUUAUUGUACGCCAGAAUGCUACCGUGGUGUCAUGGUUAUCACACUCGAUUUGCAAUCGGGGGGUUUGCCGGUUCGAUCUCCUGGCGUGGCAGGUGAAACAAUGAAGCGAGUAUCUUAAAUCCCCCUCGCCUCUGUCCACCGAGCAGUAUAAACGGGUGACGCCACAGUUAAUGGGCAGGUCACGUGGAGAAACAAAGUGUGGGUACGUCCACCUCUUGCAAGACGUCUGGCCAGCAUUGGAAGACUAGGCCAACAACCAUCGAUAGGGCCUCUCAACCUUCUUGUAGUGGAGGCCCUUCAGCCAGCAGUGGUGCGUGAGCCGAUAAUCGCAGGGCCGCAUCUUUACCUGUGUGUUAUUGUAUGUUGAGAUGCCCAUUACAGUACUGCUAUUCCGUGUUGUGGUCACUACAACGCAGUUUUUUCUGUAGUUGAUAUUCGCUGUGCUCCUCGGUCGCCUGUCCUUUGACGCGUUGGCUGUGACACACAGCAAGGAGCUGCAGUUCGAUGCUUUUUUUUUAUACCAGCAUUUCAUAUGGUACAAUGGUGGUGUAUUUUUUCGUUCUCCUAUGGCUCACAGGGCAGCAGUGGAUGUCAUUUACUGGAGUAGUCGUACCGUAGUAGUAGUGGUAGAAGUAAAAACAAAGACUGGCAAAAUGUCAAAGUUUUCAUUGGGCUGGUCAAGUCCUCCCGAUUCUUGUUUUACCCAAAAUACACUUGCUUUCGAUCGUGUUGUAUUUGUGUUAAACUUACUGGUGUUACUGCAAACUGGCAUGUUUUUUUUUACUGUAAUACAUAGCGGUUUUUUUGUUUAAAAUUACAUUUCUGAAAUAUUGUGCAUUCCUAAAGGUAAGGUACUACUGUAUUAAUGCUUUAAAAAAAAUCAUUUUACAAUUUGCAAAAGAAAAGCUUGAAAUAUUUUUUAAGUUGUAAAGCAAAAAAACAAAUAAACGUUUUCAAAAGAA